GGAAGUUAACUAACUUCUUCAAUCUCUCACACACCCAUGUUCUAACCAUUCCAAAACUUAGGCAUAUAUUAAUAUCAAUAUACAUCAAUCUUGAAUAAAAUACAUAGCUGUUAUCUAGCUAACUCAUAAAAUGGCUGAGAUUGAGUUUGAAAGUUUGUUUAAUUAUGCAAUGAGAGGGCAAUGGAGAGAAGUUUUAGAAGCAUAUGAAAAAAAUCCUCAAGUAUUAGAAGCUAAGAUCACAAAAGCAGAAGACACAUUGUUACACAUUUCUGUUUAUGUGAGCCAAACAUGCUUUGUUACAACCUUGUUAGACAACAUAAGCCAAAACAUGUCUAGAAACAUCUUAAGGCUGCAAAACUCAAAAGGGAACACUCCACUUCAUGUUGCAGCAGAGCUUGGGAAUGUUGACAUUUGCAACAACAUAGUUAAAAGAGAUCAUACACUCAUUUCGUGUCGCAAUUUAGAAGGCGAAACUCCGCUUUUCUUGGCGGCUGUUCAUGGAAAAAGAGAUGCAUUCUUUUGUCUCCAUGGUCGACAACAGAACAAAGAUGAUGAUUCACUUUCAAGAAAAAAUAAUGGGGACACCAUUCUUCAUUCUACCAUAUCAAGUGAAUAUUUUGGUUUGGCACUUCAAAUAAUUGGUAUGUAUCCAAAGCUAGUGAAUGCUGUAAACUAUGAUGGGUUAUCACCUUUGCAUAUUCUUGCUAGGAAGCCUAAUUGUUUUAGAAGCUGCACACGAAUGGAGUUAAUUGAUCGUAUCAUCUAUGGUUUGUCAAUGGCAGGUUCUAUUGUUGAGGAGGACAAAGAAGAAAGAUGCGACAUAAGUCAUAAUAUUCAAGCACACACAAAGACUUUUCAUCACUGUCCAAUGAACUAUGGAACAUGCAUGACCUUUUUAUCUUUGUUGAAAUUAACAACAACAGGAAAAGAUACAAAGGCUACAACUAGUGAUGAAGAGAAUAAUUUCUCUCUAAAAUCUGAACAAAAGCAAGCAAAGAAAGAAAAGAAACAUUACCGGUUCCCUCCCAAUUGGGAAUCCAUGAUCAGAUUGCUAAUCCUUGCAAUGAAGGCCUUGCUAAUUGUUUUUGGUGUUGGAGCAACAUGGGUAGAGAAAAUCCAAAGAAAGAAGGAAAAACACAUUCAAGCUAAGCAAGUGAUGAAUGAACUUAUUCAACGUGCUUCUUUAUACAAGUAUGAUUUUAUAGAACCAAGUCCUCAUGGUGAAGACCAUAGUGGUGGUAGUGACAAAGCUAAAAUAAAAAGCAAUACAGGAAAUGAAGCUAUUGAGAAAAGAAGAACAGUGUCACCAAUUUUAAUAGCAGCAAAGACAGGAAUAACUGAAAUGGUUGAAAAGAUUCUAGAUAUGUACCCUGUGGCUAUUCAUGAUGCGGACACUGAGAACAAGAAUGUUGUUCUAUUGGCUAUAGAAAAUAGACAACCUCAUAUAUAUAGUUUGUUAAAUAAGAGGAGUUUGAUUAAAGAGACUGCAUUUCGUCAAGUGGAUAAAGAUGGUAACAGUGCAUUACAUCUUGCUGCUACUUAUAAGAAGUUUAGGCCUUGGCGUGUACCUGGUGCUGCAAUGCAAAUGCAGUGGGAAUACAAGUGGUAUAAGCUUGUUAAGAACUCAAUGCCACCUAAUUUCUAUGAACGUUAUAAUAAGGAUGGGAAAACAGCAAAGCAAGUCUUCAUUGAUACCCAUGCACAACUUGCAAAAGAAGGUAGUAAAUGGCUCACCAAAACCUCAGAAUCAUGCUCAGUGGUAGCAGCACUUGUUGCAACUGUUGCAUUCACAACCUCAACAGCUAUCCCAGGUGGUCCUAAUCAAGAUACCGGCAUACCACUAUUGCAAGGAAAACCUGCAUUCAAACUCUUUGCUGUAACAUCACUUGUUGCACUUUGCUCUUCUGUCACAGCCCUUGUUAUGUUUCUUUCGAUUCUCACGUCUCGGUUUCAAGAAAAAGAUUUUGUUGUGGACUUACCAAGGAAGCUUCUUCUAGGGUUGACCACACUCUUCACAUCUAUAGCAUCUGUGUUGAUCUCAUUUUGUGCAGGGCAUUACUUUAUUGUUGAAGACCAGCUGAAAUAUGCAGUUUAUCCUGUGUAUGCUGCAACAUGUUUGCCUGUGUCGUUUUUUGCAUUGGUUCAACUCCCUCUGUAUUUUGAUCUGACUUUGGCUAUGUUUCGGAAGGUUCCUCAACGCAGCUACAAAGUGUUCUUUCACUAGUUGCUUCAUAAUUAGUUUAAAUUACUCUUGGUCUUUCAUUAGUAAUAGCAUAAUCAAAUCCCUUAGUUAUCUUCUUAACAACAAAUGAACAAAAAAUUUCGGACUAUGGCUAUGGCUUAGUAUAUAAUAAUUUUUUAAUUGUGCUCACUUUUCUCCAUAACCAAACAUUUAAGUGAUAUUACAAGAAUAUCAUUUCACAGUUUCAUCUUA